AUGACCCUGACGCGCUCCCAAACGGGGAAAACCCCCAAAAAAAUGGAUCGACCAGGCUUCAUUGAGACUCCAGGUCGUCGCGCCACUCGCAACAGCUCUCACUUCGAGGCCAGCGAGAACGACGCGUCCGACUCUCCGAGCCAAAACAGAUCCAAGUCGGCUACUCGUCGUCGCACCUCUGCCAAGGUCAAAACCGAAGAGGAGGAGACUCCGAUCAAGGUCGAGACCAAUGGAAAAACCGCCACCCCCAAGUCGAAGACUCAGUCCAAGUCCCGCAUCGUGGACGGCUGGGAGGAGGGACUUGACCCCAAGAUCGACUACAGCGGUCACUUUGAGUUUGGAGGCUCUCUGGGUGUCUUGUCCAUGAUGAUUGGGUUCCCCUUGCUCAUGUACUACAUGUGGAUUGGGGCCACCUACUACAAUGGCAAGUUCCCUCGCCCCGCUGAGGGCCAGAGCAUGCCCGACUUUGUCGCGCACCUGGGUCAUCUGGUCUACACGGGCGCGUUCCCCUCGCUGAAGGCGUGGGCGAUCUACUGGGUGUUCUUUCUCUUUGAGGGAGCCUGCUAUGUGCUUCUUCCUGGGGUGUCGGUUUCCGGGCGCCCGUUGCCGCACCUCGGAGGCAAGCAAUUGCCGUACUACUGCUCUGCCGUGUGGUCGUUCUACACUAGCAUCGCGUUGGCCCUUGCGCUGCACGCCACUGGUCUCUUUAAGCUGUACACCAUCAUUGACGAGUUUGGUCCUCUGCUGAGCGUUGCCAUCCUGUCGGGAUACUUGGUUUCAUUCGCGGCCUACUUCUCGGCUCUGGCCCGUGGCGCUCAGCACCGUUUGACCGGCUACCCGAUCUACGACUUUUUCAUGGGUGCGGAGCUGAACCCGCGUAUGUUCAACAUCCUUGAUUUCAAAAUGUUCUUCGAGGUUCGCCUUCCCUGGUAUAUUCUGCUGUUCCUUUCCAUGGGUGCGGCAGCCCGUCAGUAUGAGGUCUACGGCUAUGUGUCCGGCGAGGUCAUGUUCCUGGUGAUGGCGCAUUUCCUUUACGCCAAUGCUUGCUCUAAGGGCGAAGAAUGCAUUGUGUCUACCUGGGAUAUGUACUACGAGAAGUGGGGCUUCAUGCUGAUCUUCUGGAACUUGGCUGGAGUGCCUCUGAGUUACUGCCAUUGCACGAUCUACUUGGCCAACCAUGACCCGGCCACCUACCAGUGGAACCGUUUCUUCCUCGCCUUCCUCUACAUCGGGUAUCUGUUCGUCUACUGGGUUUGGGACACGACCAACAGCCAGAAAAACCGUUUCCGUCAGCAGGAGCGUGGCACCCUGGUUAACCGCAAGACCUUCCCGCAGCUCCCGUGGCAGACGGUGCAGAACCCCAAUACCAUCACGGGCCCCGAUGGUUCCAAGAUUCUCGUCGAUGGAUGGUAUGGCAAGGCUCGCAAGAUCCACUACACGUGCGAUCUCUACUUUGCCCUCAACUGGGGCCUGAUCACCGGGUUUGAAAGCCCAUUCCCCUGGUUCUACCCGCUCUUCUUUGCCUGUAUGAUCAGCCACCGCGCCCUGCGUGACAUCCAGCGGUGCCGAACCAAGUACGGCGAGGCCUGGGUUGAGUAUGAGAAGCAGGUGCCCUACCUGUUUAUUCCCGUGAGUGACGGGUCUCUUGAUCAUAUCUCUUCUGUAUUCCCUGUACUAACACAUCUCGCAAGAGAUCACUUGUCGAAAUUGACACCAGAAAUCAUGCUGAUCCAGGAAUCCCACCAUGAUGUCCCCACCACGGCCGAUGGCCAGGGGACGAUGCGCAUCUAUGUUUUUCACCCCACAAUCCCGGGGUAUCCUAAGGCUCGGUUCCCGGGUGUCGCCAUCUUCAGCGAGAUCUACCAAGUAACCGGCCCCGUGGCACGUUUCGCCCGCCAGAUCGCCGGCCAGGGCUACAUCUGCGCCGCCCCCUCGAGCUACCAUGAGUUCACCGGCCCAGAGCCUCUGCAGUACAAUGCAGAGGACACGGACAAAGGCAACGCGUGGAAGAUUGGCAAGAAACUGGCCGCCUACGACGAAGACGCAAGCCUUUGCGUUGAUUAUCUACUCUCACUUUCCACCUGCAAUGGCCGGGUUGGCGCCACCGGCAUGUGUCUUGGUGGCCAUCUGGCGUACCGUUGUGCCUUGGAUAGCCGGGUCAAGGCGGCUGUGUGCUACUUCGCCACGGAUAUCCACAGCAAGACCCUGGCCCAUGGCAAGAACGAUGAUAGUUUGGCGAGGGCGGGAGACAUCAAGGGCGAGCUGUUGAUGAUAUUUGGCAAGAACGACACCCACGUCCCUCCCGAGGGACGCGAUCUCAUCCGCAAAACCCUGCAUGACAAGGGCGUCUUGUUUGGUUUCUAUGAAGUUGCUUGGGCACAACAUGCGUUUAUCCGGGAUGAGCUCAGCAAGGGACGAUACGACCCGGCCAUCAGCAAGGUGUGUUUCGAGAUGCUGCUGGAAUUGUUUGGGCGCACGCUGAAGCUGGAUCUCGGGGACCAUGACGGUCAAAAGUUGGUGGUUGAAGAUGUCUGCUAA